GCCGUUCCCAGCGGAACACUGUGGGAAAAGCAGCGGAUUUUUGGGAAGCAGAACGGGAAACUCUCCGGGCUGGGAUUUGUGGGAAUAAUCUGGGAAUGAGCAGCCGCGGCAGGGCUGGAAUUCUCGGGAGGAGCUCCGGGAGUUUUCCAGAGGCGCGGAUGCGCGGCUGGGCUGGAAUUUUGAUAUUUUUUCCUGCUUUUUUUUCCACUUCCUCGCCGCUGGAUCCGAUCCCGGCCGCGUUUGGCCGCGCUGAUUUCCGGGUUGAUCUGGGAACUUUUUAUUUAUUUUUUUUUUCCUUGGACGAGCCAGGGUUCAUUCCCUCCCUUCCUCCCAAAACCUGGGAAUUGCCGGCUCUGGGAUCAUCGCUGUGGGCGUUUCCCGGUGGGAUCGUGCCUCUGGAAAAGCCGAGCCCGCAGUUCCAUGUGGGCAGAGUUUGUUCCCGGCUGAGAAAUCCCGGGAUUUGGAGGCAGCGCUGGAAAACGCCGCAUCCAGCGGCGCAAGCAGGAGCGGCGCUGCCAAGGUCAGGAUCGGGCCGUCCUGAUCCUGGGCACCAUUCCCGCGGGAUGCAGCCGGCUUUGAGGCUCUGAGGCGCCAUCCCGAGGGAAGCGGAGCUGGAGAUUCCCGGGAUCCGGAGCGGCCAUGCCGAGCGCCGGGGCCCGGCUGCUCCGCGCCCACCAGGUGCCCGAGAGUUACCGGGAGCCGGGAAUUCUCUCCGGGUACCGCCCGCCCCGGAGCUCAGCCCGCGAGUGCCUGCGCAGCCUCUUCGGGAUGAACAACGAGACCCUCAACGUCUGGACACACCUGCUGCCCGCCGGGUACCUGCUGUGGCUGCUGGUGGUGCGGCUGCGGGAGCCGGGGGCAUCACCGGGGACAUCACCGGGGCCAUCGGGGACAUUGGACACAUCGUCGGGGCCGUUCCUGGCGUACCUGGGCACGUGCGCCCUGUACCCGCUGGCCUCGAGCGCGGCGCACGCGCUGGGCGCCAUGGGCGGGCACGGCCGGCACCGCGCCUUCUGCUGCGACUACGCCGCGCUCAGCCUCUACGGCCUGGGCUCGGCGCUGGCCUAUUCCGCCUACGCCUUCCCGCUGGAAUGGGUCGGGAGCACAUUCCAUGAGUUCUACGUUCCCGUGGCCGUGCUCAACUCCGCGCUCAGCACCGGCCUGGCCUGCUAUUCCAGGUUUCUGGAGGCGGAGCGGCCCAGCCUGAGCAAGGCUUUCCGAACUCUGGCCUUCGUCUAUCCCUACCUUUUCGACAGCAUCCCAGUUUUCUACAGGCUGUUCCGGAGCGCGGCCGGGAGCUGCUCCGAAGGGUCGCUCCCGCUGCAUUCCCGGCACAGCCUCUGCGCCCUCCUGACCUUCCUGAGCUUCACCUCCCGCCUGCCCGAGCGCCUGGCGCCGGGGAGCUUCGACUUCAUCGGGCACAGCCACCAGGUUUUCCACAUCUGCGGGAUCCUGGGAACGCUUUUCCAGCUGGAAGCCGUCUCCGUGGACAUGGCGGAGCGGCGUGGCCGCCUCCCACUUCCCUCUUCCCUGGAAACCUUCGGAUCCCUGGGAAUGGGAGCGGCCGCCAGCCUGGCCAUCCUCGGGGUCUGCUUCCGCAGCCUCCGCCCCGAGCCUCCUUCCCGGGAAAAAUCCCACUAGAACCCGGGAUUGCCUCGGAUUUCUGGGAGCAGUCCCGUUCCAGAGGUGUCCACGGGGGAAUUGGAUCGCCUGGAAAUGUUUCUUUGGGAAUUUCCCAACUGUGCCGGUUUUAUCCACGGAUGGGCUGGGAAACGCUUCCCAUCCGGCUGUUAUCCACAGGGAAAGCGUCAAAUCAUCGGGAUUUGAUCCCUGAAAAGGGAGGGAAGCACUCCUGCUUCCCAAAGAUUCCAGGAUCCCUCAGGUCUGCCCUGGGGAGAAAUCCAGGGAAUGUUGGCAUCGCCAGCUGGCAGAUUCCUGGUGAAGCCAAGAACUCCCUAAUUCCUGUUUUCCCCUGGGAUGUGGCAUUCCUUUGGAAUUCCAAGCCUUAGCUCAGCCCAAGUGCCUGGAAAGGUGGGGUGGAGGGACUGGAGUUUCCCUCCCGUUUUGAUUCCCACUGUUUUCCCUCUUUUAUCCGGGAAAAGGGAUUCCAGGAGAGCUCCAAUGGGAUCUUCCUGCAGGAAAUCUCUUCCAGGGUCUCAUUCCUGGAAAUCCUGAGAAGUUCAUUGCCAUGGGAAUUCUGAAUUUCCACGGAGCGGGGAUGGAAUGAAGGAAUUCCAUCCUGUCCUGGCUAUUCCCAGGAUGGAUCCCAGGACUGGGAGUGGGAGACAGGAGAGCUCCAUGCCCCAACCCCCCAGGAUUUGGGAUCCUUUAGGAAAAGAUUUGGAAUGUUUUGGGAUUGGGAUAUGCCAGGAGAAAAGCAGGAUUUGGGACAGCUCAAGGUUUAAAAGCGCCUUGGAAUUUUAAAGAAUUCCCAGGAGUUUCCCUCUGUUGUCCCUUGUUUUCCUUCCCUGCUGCCCCUGGAUUUUGCAGGAAGAGCCUGGAGCUCCAGGCUUUUCCAGGAUCCAGGUUUUCCUCUUGGAUUUCCCUGCAGGAACACAGCACACACUUCAUUCUUUGGGAAUAUUUUCCUGGAUAAUCUCACGGGUCUUCCAUAAAUUUCCUUUAAUUGCCUUUGCCGAGGUCUGACUGCUGCACUUUGGGAGCUGCUGGAAUUUGGGAUUUCACAAUAAAAUCUGGGAUGAACGGGUUAAACAGGGAAUAAAUCAAUCCUUGGGAACGCUGACCGAGAUUUUCGGGAUAUUUAUAAGCACUGGAAUUGUUUUUCCAACGGUUUAAUUAAAUUAAUAUAAAUCACUGAUUUUAAUCUUCUUGAUAAUAAAAAUAUUCCUGGGAAAACAAA